AAUUUCCUGAGCAGGUCAUUAGAUUUGCGCGAGACUUGGUUUCGGGUUGGGUUUACGGGUUCAGUUUAGUUUGUGACUUGAACGUCCCAAAGCUGUCACGAAGAUGAAGAUUCUGAUCCUCUUGUUCGCUUUUUGUGCUCUAGCAUACGCUGAUCAACGGAAUGCCAGGUUGGUUGGAGGAACACCUGCAAACUCCGGACAAUUCCCAUCGACCGUAGCCAUCGAGACGCCAUUCGCGGUGCUUUGCAAUGGUGUCAUCGUGGAUCAACAGCAUGUUCUUACGGCAGCUCAGUGUGUCUUCAACGAGAACCGUCGGCUUAUGGACCCAUUCUGGUUGACAAUCGUAGCCGGUGACCUGCAGCUCAUGAACCAAGGAGCUCGACGUCAAACGAGGAAAGUUUCCAGAAUAAAUGUCCAUCCCCAGUUCAACAUUUUCACUAGGGAACAUGACCUAGCAGUGCUACGCUUAAACGAACCCUUCGAUUUACCCUCCAAUACGGUAGAUGUAGCACGUCGAAGAACUUCCAUUACCAGCAUUGGCGAAACGUGUGAAUUUGCUGGUUGGGGAGAAACGGCUGGGACCGGCACUUCCGUGAACGUCAAUCAGCGUUACUUCCCGAUGGUUAUCAACGAUCGGGACGCUUGUAACGGGGCAGCAAUGCAUGCUGGAGGUGUGAUGGAAACGAUGAUCUGCGCUGGCAACACUGCGGUGACGAAUGCUGCUGCUCCGUGUCACGGGAACAUGGGUGCCGGGCUGUAUUGCAAUCGAGAGCUGGUGGGAACGUUGUCGUUCGGGAUUAACUGUGGAGGGGCCAACAAUCCGCCGGUGUUUACACAGGUGAGGAACUACAGACGUUGGAUUGAGGAGCAGUUUAGCGAAACUACCGGGCUUCCUCCCAAUUGGUCACCGGCUGUUUUGUAAAAAAAAUAAAUAAGAAUUCUGGGCUUAAUAAAAAAAAAAGGUUUUUGCAGUUUUCAAUUAAUCAAGAUCCUGAUCCUGAUUUCUUUUAUGAAGCUUUUCUACGUUUCACACAAAAAAAAACAAACAUCUAGUAACUUUUUAAGGGGUCGUAUUACUAUUUGACAAGUUUAGAUUAAAUUGAUUGUCCAGUAAUAACAAGGUCACGAUCGACGGCGACGAGCUGGAGAUAGUCGAAGACUUUGUCUAUCUCGGCUCACUGGUGACCGCAGACAAUGACACCAGCCGUGAGAUCCGGAGGCGAAUUAUCAGCGGAAGUCGUGCCUACUAUGGACUCCACAAGCAACUGCGGUCGAGAAGACUUAGCCCUCGCACGAAGUGUAACCUGUAUAUGACGCUCAUUAGACCGGUUGUUCUCUACGGGCACGAGACAUGGAUAUUGCUCGAGGAGGACCUGCGUACACUCGGAGUAUUCGAGCGACGAGUGUUAAGAACCAUCUUUGGCGGCGUACAGGAGAACGGAGUGUGGAGGCGAAGGAUGAACCACGAGCUCGCGCGCCUCUACGGCGAACCCAGUAUCCAGAAGGUGGUGAAGGCUGGCCGGAUACGUUAGGCGGGACAUGUUGCGAGAAUGCCGGACGACUGUCCUGCAAAACAGGUGUUCGCUACGAAUCCGGUAGGAACAAGACGAGCGGGGGCGCAACGAGCGAGGUGGUUAGACCAAGUGGAGCGUGAUCUGGCGAACGUGGGGUGCCCGAGAAAUUGGAGAACGGUUGCUAUGAACCGAGUGAAUUUUAGGA